AUGCAGGUGGGCCUUGUGGUAUUGGGCCUUGUCGUACGAUCCGCGGGAAUAUUGCGGCAAGGGCUGAUGGCCGCAAUGGCGGCGGCGGCGGCUGCAGGCGGCGCAACGGGAGCGGCGAAUGCGGCGGCGGCGGCGGCGGCGGUAGCCGAGUCCGCGUCGGAUCGCGAUAUGGCGGUGGGAGUGGCUCUGAUCGUGUUAUCGGCCUUCGGCUACAGCCUCCUGGGCUGCUUGUACGAGUGGCUGAGUGCCGUACGCGGGCCGGCCAUGUCACAUGCGCAGGUGGCCACGAGCACAUCCCUCAUAGGACUGGUGGCCACAUCCGCCUACCAGCUGAUCUACACAAGACCACGCUGGCGGGAGCUGGUGGCGGACCGCAUGGCGCAGCGAGGCGUGGGUUGGUGGCCUGUCGUACGACUGUACGGCAUUUUUGGCGCACUGUUCACGGCGCAUGGUUUAGUUCAGGGUGUCGUACUCCAGCGCUCCGGAGCCACAACCGUCGGCAUCAUCUCUGCUCUGAGGGCAUCUGCGGUGGCAGUUGCCAGCGGACUGCUCUUCUGCAGCAGUGGCAGCAGCAGUAGUCAUGGCAGCAGCGGGCCGCCACAGCUGCAGCAGUGCCUUACAGCCCCCGCGGCGGCCUCCGCGGGCAUAGUGACGGGGGGUGCGCUGUUGUGGACCCUAACCGGGGCCCCCAGGCCGCCGCCGUCACCACCACCGCCGCCGCCGCCGUCACUGGCGCCGCUGCUUUCCGCGCCGGCGACGACUACGACGGCAGCGGCGGCGGCAGUGCCUGAUCCCGCGGUCCUGGCUGGCAGCCGGAUAUCCGGGCGGCUGACUGAGCAUGGGCUGGACCACAAGCACGGAAAACACCAUUGA